AUGUUUAGUUCAACUGAUCCUUCUUUCCUUGGAAUGCUCCCCACAAGCACUGCAGAAAGCUUUGAGUUUGUCUUCCCGCCACAAGGACCUGGGAUGCAUCGAGUCAUGCUUUGUCGAUUGUCACUGCAAAUAGACAAUCAUGUCCUUUUUGGAGCAUGGGCCCGUGAGGUCAAUGAUCUCUUGUGGGAAAAGUACUUUCAAAAGUGCAAUCAGUACUAUGAAGUCUUCAAUGAUUGGCUUGCAAAGUGGCCGUCACCUUCCUGCUAUGACGGCACGGUGCCUUUGCAUGCAAGGGAUGGGAAGGGACAAUAUGAUGGCCGACCAAUUGUCCCCUACUCAGCAUUUGGUGCAGCUGGGCAUCAUAAUGGAAUCAUGAUGACAGAAGGCCUGGCAAAGACACUGUUUCGGCUUGUAGAAGGCGGCAAGAGAUUUCAAUAUAAUCAGAAUUCUUUUGCCGCAUGGCACGAUGGCGGCUUGCGAGCUGAUGACACCUUCAAGCUUCCGAAGAAGGUGUAUGUGACAACAUCGGGAGGGAACCGGGUGAAGCCUUAUGCUUCUGUACUGACUUUGCUAUCACAGUGCGGAAAGAUUGUUGCUGCUGUCUGGAAGACAAGCAUGUCCCACGCUGCAAAUAGGCUUAUUCUGCCGGGACUUAAGAUUGCAAGGGACCAUGUUGGCGCGCCACCUUUACGUCUACUCCAAACAGACAAUUCUAUAGGGGAACAAGCACCUUACUAUGAAGUAUUUCCAGAACUGGAGCAGGGCACAGUGGCUCGUGCUUCACUGCCAAUGAUUGAAAUACCGCCUGAUGACAUUGUUUCUUUUGAUGUUGGCAGUGUCUUCAAUGCUUACAUCUUGACGCUAAUAGACAUCUUCAUUCAGCAUGAGGAUCAAGAAAUCUACUAUGGUUUGGAUACAGAGUUUGAGAGAGACAGCAAACUUACAGUAUUGUCGCUGGCAUUCCCUCAGUCAUUGAGAGGAUCAGAACUAGGAACAACAAUCCCUAUUGCCAUUGUCAUUCACCUACACAAGAUUGGCAAGGAGCAGUUCCCUGCUGACUUAAAGCGCCUCUUGGAGCUUCCAAGUAUGAUUCCAACCGGACGCUUGAUUGGAGGUGAUUGUAAGAAGCUAGAGGAACAGUAUGGUAUUAAGUUCAACAGAAUGAUUGAGCUAGGUAACUUGUGUCGAUUGGACAAUGGUGAGCUUUCAAGCUUUUCCCUUUGCAACUUGAUGAAAGUGUACCUCCAGUGCAUGUACCCGAUGAACAAGUCAGCUGCGCAGUUGUCUAGCUAUGCAAAACCAACACUGACACCUACAGACAAACAAUACUGCGCACUUGAUGCAGUGGUCUCACUAUGGGUUUUUCACCGGACGGUAGAAUCAUUAGCAAAUGGCAUUGGUAAUCAACAUCCAACUUUGCAGGUUGGGAAACGGUGUACGGUGACACAUAAUGCAAAAGACAUUGCUUUUGGGCAUCUGAUCUUUGUUGGUGCCGGAGGCGAACAGAUGCGGUGGGGUGGUAUGACAUUGGGCAGAAGGGACUGCCUUGUUGCUAUUGAAAGUCUUAUCGACGAAGACUUUGAACCAAAACGAAGGAACUCGACUUGGCCAGCAACUGCAGAGACAAUGAGAGAGCUUCACAACAAUGUUCCCAAUUUAGGACUGGCAGUGGCUGCAACGCAAGUCAGGAUCCAUCUAGAUGGCAGUGAAUGCCAACCAUCGAGCACACCUGAGAUGCUACGUGAGGCCACUAUUCAAUCUUUCCAAGUUGACAAGAGCUAUCUUGAUGUGCUUCUUCGGAAGGCAACUGAGGCAGUACCAAUGGAAGACGGGGAAGAUAUUGAUCUGCUGGUUGAGGGUGAAGAAACUGUGAGCAGCAGUGGGAAGAGCAACAAGGGUGAGGCUGAGACUGGUGCAUUGACAAACUCGCUGCGUGAUCUUUUUCACCAGCUUCAUUGCCUACCAUUAUCAAAAGAAUCUCCGGCUACUGCACAUGUUCUCCAGCUGGUUCUUGUUGCAACUUUGAUCAGUGACAAAGAGGAUUAUGCAAAUGUUGUUGAGGUCUUGCAAAACAAAGGCAAAGAGGAUGUUGCUGUCCACGAGUUCCACAAUCGUGGCUACUGGCGGGACGUGUUCACAAGAACUUACUGGAUUUCAGCCCACCAAAGAAUGCCACUCUUGUAG